AUGGGCAAUUGGCCUAUUUUGCAUAACAAAGUUGCCGAUUGGUUGCUGACCUCUCCUUUGGCCCACUUGGCGCUCGUCCGGAUUCGCCGGAUUGUCUCGUCGGCCCGUCGCGGCUCAGUUGCUGCCAUCGUCCUCUUUCGGCCGGACUCACCUGUUUUGGGCGCCGGUACCUUCUGGCAGACGGGGCCGGGCUGGACACACGAUGAGAGAGUACUUAAUUUUUAUGUGAACGACGUGCCAGCUGCAUCAGUGACCGGUACCGGCCGACAUGCCACCACACCUCAUCACACCUCACCACGCCCACCUGACCCCGGGGCUCCAGAUCCCAACCGACUCGAGCCCAACCUCGAGCAGGCUGGCGGCGACUCGACGCCGCCUUCCACUCGAUCGGGAUUCGCCCAACCCGGCCGACACACUCCAACACGCUGA